AUGGCAGAUAAGUAUGGACCAAUCUUUUGCUUUCAUAUUGGCCUGCGCAAAACUUCGGUGGUUAGCAGCUGGGAAGUAGCAAAAGAAUGUUUCACUACCAUGGACAAAGCAUUUGCCACUCAACCCAGAUCCUUGGCAGGAAAGCUCAUGGGCUAUGACCAUGCCAUGUUUGGCUUCUCUCCUUGCAGGGCAUACUGCGAUGUCGGGAGUCGAGCUGCCCGAUCAACUCAUGAGGGUCAAAUGGUUGCAAAGUUUGUUGACAUAGGUGAGAUUCAAACAUGUGAUGAAUGUUCUGUUGAGCUCUUCUCAAGCCACCAGCUUGAGUUACUCAAUCAUGUCCGGGACUCAGAAGUCAAGCUUUUCAUCAAAGAGCUCUACAGGCAAUGGAUACAAAAUGGGGAUAGACCUCUCUUGGUCGAGAUGAAGGAGAAGUGUUGGCACCUGGCAGCAAAUGUAAUGGUGAGCACAGUAGCUGGGGAACGGUAUUUUGGCACCGUUACAAAUGACUAUGAGUCAAGACAGUGCCGCAAGGCCCUUGGCGAUUUCUUAUAUCUCUCGGGGAUAUUUAUGGUUUCUGAUGCAAUCCCCUUCCUUGGCUGGUUGGACACAGUGAGAGGAUAUACGGCAAAAAUGAAGAGAACAGCUAGGGAGGUGGAUCAGGUGCUGGGAAGCUGGGUGGAGGAGCACGGCUGGAAAAGGGUCUUUGGAAGUAUGAACGAGGCUGAUCAGGACUUUGAGUGCUUUUGGAGCCAUAUCACCGGCUCAAAAGACCAACAUGGAUGUAAUGUUGAUGUAGACUCUUAUAUAGGCGGCUUUGAUUCAACAGUGAUCACACUGACCUCAGCCCUCUCUCUGCUAAUGAACAAUCCUAGCACUCUAAAAAGAGCACAAGAUGAGUUAGACAUCAAAGUGGGAAAGCAUCGCAAAGUGGAUGAGUCAGACAUAAAGAACCUAGUCUACUUGCAAGCCAUCAUCAAGGAAACCUUACGACUGUACCCUGCUGCACCGCUUUCAGUGCCACGUGAGGCCAUGGAGGAUUGCAACGUGGCAGGCUUCCACAUCCAAGCUGGGACUCGCCUUCUGGUUAACCUGUGGAAGUUGCCCCGGGACUCCGAAAUUUGGCCGGACCUUUGGAGUUCCAACCUGGGGGGUUCCUAA